CUCGGCCCAAUCUUUAACUGGCACUGCUCUCUCUACCUUCAUUCUUCCAACCCCAGUGGAGGCAUUUUCACAAACACUUUCCAGACCAAAAAGCAAGAAAACAAAAAAAAAAAAAAAAACGUUUCUUUUCCCAAAAUAACAACAAUGGCCAGACCGCAACAGCGAUAUCGAGGCGUUCGACAAAGGCACUGGGGAUCUUGGGUCUCCGAAAUUCGCCACCCAUUAUUGAAAACUCGAAUUUGGCUGGGGACGUUCGAAACGGCGGAGGACGCGGCGAGAGCCUACGACGAGGCGGCGAGGCUGAUGUGCGGGCCGAGAGCCCGCACCAACUUCCCUUACAACCCCAAUGCGUCUCAGUCGUCGGCUUCAAAGCUCCUCUCGGCCACUCUGACUGCCAAACUCCACAGAUGUUACAUGGCGUCUCUGCAAAUGACCAAGACCGGUUCAGCUCAAGAACCUCAAACGCCAACCACAAACCCCACUCCCAUCUCUGCCAACGCCAUUCUCGCGAAACCGAACGAAACGUCCAUGGCUAAGUCGCCGGAGAAGAGACCGGCCGUGCUUGAUCACCAAGAAACGGCGGCCAAUUCUCAUCAUGAUUCGGUUAAGAAGGUUAAACUUGAGAAUAACCAGCAGACGACGACAACAACAACGACGUCGUUUAUGCUUCUUGAGGAUGAUCAUCACAUAGAGCAAAUGAUUCAGGAGCUUCUUCAUUACGGGUCCAUUGAGUUGUGUUCUAGUUCUGUAAUGUAGGCCACUUUCUAUCGUUUCUUUUUUCAGCUAAUUAAUUCUUAACCCAUUACUAUUAUUAUUAUUAUAUUAUCUAUUUCUCCUUUUGACUCUCCCUUAGGAACAACACCCUUUUCUUCUUCUUUUUUUAAGUAACCAUUUUUAUGAUGUUCUCUAUGUGUACAUUACAAUGUAUGAUAUCAUGAUUCUAUGCUUA